CUGGGAGGAAGGCAGGAAAGCGGCGGCGGGGAGGGGCCGCAGCGCCCCGCAAGGACCGGCUCCGACCCUCGUUGGGCUCGCGCCUCCCGGACCAAGCGACCCCCCACCGUCACCCCCCUCCGGAUCCCACAGCAGAAAAUGAUGCAUCCUGUUGCCAGUGGUAACUCCCCUUUCUGUGGGACUGGAAAAACUUCUUGCCUUAAUGAUGACAAUGGGACACCCACCGAUCAGUUUGAUUUAUAUUCCACGCAGCAAACCAAGUAUAGUCACACAGUCGGGCAUAAGCCAAUACCAUGCCAGAGACAAGAUGCAUUAAAUGAACCACAUUUGCAGACCACAAGUAGCAGAAAUAUAGAGACGAAAGAUGAACUAAAAAAAAAGAAAAAUCUCAACAGAUCUGGAAAACGUGGAAGACCUUCGGGGACCACAAAAUCGGCGGGGUACAGAACGAGCACAGGUAGACCGUUGGGGACCACCAAAGCAGCUGGAUUUAAGACAAGUCCAGGUAGACCCUUGGGUACAACUAAAGCUGCAGGAUACAAAGUCAGCCCAGGAAGACCUCCAGGUAGCAUUAAAGCUCUAUCACGGCUUACAAAUCUAAGUUAUACUUGUAGCAGUGCAGCUUUUCCAUACUCUGUGGUGCAUAACAGAGGAGUACAUGCUACUGGUGAAACAAGUAGCAAAAUCAAGCAACCCACUGAAUAAUAUGUAUAGAUAGAUAAUAUUUCUUCAGUAAUCAUUCUUAAAUUAUCUGAGUUGUGGCAUGUUUUUUUCACUUCUUUUGUAACUUUUUCACAACUUCCUUUCUUAUUUUUUUAAAAGAUGACAUAUCAUAACCAUAUAAUGUUUCUUUGUUUUCAAGUGGAAUCCUCAGUGAUGCCCUUGUGUAUUUUCAAAAAGUAAUUGCAAAUAUUCUGAGUGACAAAAAUUAUUGUCCAGUCAUUUUAGUUGAGGAGCUGUUAAUUCAAGUAGCAGAUUUCCGGCUCCUAGAUUAUUGAAGGUCACAAUAAAGACUUUUUCAAAAUAAAUCAGAAUAGACUAAUGGGAACCAAUCAUUCAGGACUGUCUUAUAAAUGUAGUUCUAUAAAUUUUGCAAUGUAUGUGUUUCUUUUUUUCUUUCUUCUUUAAAUAGGAAUGAAUAGAAAUGAAAUUUUUCCACAAUUGCUGGAAUUUAACACGGACCUCAAAACUUGUAGAUAUUUCAAAACUUUGAAACUAUAUUUUUAAAAAUUUAUCAUUCCAGGCAGUCACUGCAUUGAAGUGCUAUCAGUUACAAUUAAUUCAAAUACUUGGUUAAAGUAAUAGUUCGUACGCAGCACCUGAUAUAUAUUCUAAGUGCUACUAGAGAUACCAUACUGCCAUUACAGUAUGGUAUCUCUCCUGGAAGUGUUAACUAUUGCACACUGACUUACAGUUUAUAAAGCCUAAGACUACACACACCAAAUUAUAAAUAAUUAAAUACCUGAAAUGUUUUAUAAAAUAAGUUCUAAAAAGUGCUAUCAAAUACACAGUUAAUAGGCAUAAUGAAGAUUAUGUCUGAGAUUUUGUUCCCUUCUCAGUCCAAUUAAUUUGAGUGAUAUAUAGCAUAAGCAAAGUUAUAGAUUUGCCCUGUAUUUUUCAAAAUCUGUCAAGAAACAUACAAGUUCUAAAUGACUUCACAAUAUCUGCAUAGUUGGCAGCAUUUUUAAAAAGAAUUUAAAAUAUUUGGUGUAAUUGAAAAUUAUACUUUUCAGAUAGGUGGUCUUCUCAUUUUUAAAGUAAUUUUGUCAGUAUAAAACUUGCUAUUUAUCGUACAUUCUGAAGCUGAGCAUAUAUUUACCAAAGGAAGACAUUUCAUGGAUCAUAAUUGGAAAUGAUACAGAUGAUGCACAAGCAAGUUGUGAUUUGAUGUGUUUAUAGACACCCAGAUAUAUAACAGACCUUAGGAAUAUAUCUAUGCAUGGAGGUGCAGAAUGAUAAAUACAAUUUCUGAUUUUUGUGCACCUAAAAUAAAUGUUCUGCAUUGA